AUGGCCCCUAACCAACACCAUUCACGUUUUAGUUCUAACAUGCAGAUGCAGCACUACUACUACGACAACACCGACGACGAUAGCGAGGAUAUCGACAACGAGAUUGUCAACAACAGCAACACGGACGAGGACGAGUACGAGUACGAGGACGAAGAAGAGGAGGAAGAAGUAGGAAAAUGGGUUGAAGAAUGGAAUAGAAUCUUUCUUUUGGUGUGCGCGAUGGGUUUAUUUGUGGACCCACUAUUUUUCUACGCCCUAUCAAUAAGUGACACGUGUAUGUGUUUGUUUGUAGACGGUUGGUUACUCGUUACCGUCACCGUUAUCCGUUGCAUGACGGACGCGUUACAUCUCUGGAACAUUUGGUUACAGUUCUAUAUUCAGAAACGCUCCUCUUUUGGCUUCAUUCAUAAUACUCAUCAUCAUCACCAUCUUCGUAAUUCUUCACAUGCUCUUCGUUACUUCAAAGCUAGCAAGGGUUUUUUCUUUGACAUUUUUGUCCUUCUCCCUCUCCCUCAGAUUUUGCUAUGGGUGACAAUUCCAUCUCUGUUAAAGGAAGGUUCAAUUACGAGGGUGAUGAGUGUAUUGUUGAUCAUGUUUGUGUUUCAAUACCUUCCUAAAAUUUACCACUCAGUAUGCUUUGUGCGUCGCAACCUCUCUGGUUACAUUUUUGGAACAGUUUGGUGGGGUUUCGCUCUCAACAUGAUAGCUUAUUUUGUUGCUUCUCAUGCAGUAGGGGCAUGUUGGUAUUUGUUGGGACUUCAAAGGGCAUCAAAGUGUCUGGAAGAGCAAUGUGGUACAACAAUAGGUUGUGGAUUGAGAACAUUGUGUUGCAAGGAACCUAUAUAUUACGGAAGCAGUAGCAUGUUGAAGAAAUUAGAGAGAACAAGGUUGAUAUGGGCACAGAACAGAGAAGCAAGGUCUACAUGUUUAGCUAGUGCUGAUAACUAUGACUAUGGAGUUUAUGAAUGGAGUGUUCAACUUGUAACAAAUAAUAGCCGUUUGGAAAAGGUACUCCUCCCAAUCUUUUGGGGCCUAAUGACUCUAAGCACUUUUGGGAACCUCCAGAGCACAACGGAAAGGAUGGAAGUCGUUUUCAUUAUUAUUGUAUUGACUAGUGGCCUCCUUUUAGUCACUAUGCUAAUUGGAAACAUCAAGGUGUUUUUACAUGCUACAACAUCGAAGAAGCAAGCGAUGAAACUGAAGAUGACAAACAUUGAAUGGUGGAUGAGCAAAAGACGGCUGCCACACGGGCUCAGGCAGCGUGUGCGCAACUACGAGAGACAGUGCUGGGCCGCGAUGCGUGGAGUUGAUGAAUGUCAGUUGAUCAAAAUUCUUCCUGAGGGUUUGAGAAGAGACAUCAAGUACCAUCUUUGUUUAGGUUUGGUGAGACAGGUGCCACUGUUUCAGCAUAUGGAUGAAUUGGUGCUAGAGAACAUUUGUGACCGUGUCAAGUCCCUUGUAUUCACAAAGGGAGAAACAUUAACAAGAGAAGGAGAGCCAGUUCAAAGAAUGCUAUUUGUAGUAAGGGGUCAUCUUCAAAGUAGUCAAGUCCUAAGAGAUGGAGUAAAAAGUUGUUGCAUGUUAGGGCCAGGAAAUUUUAGUGGAGAUGAGCUUCUAUCAUGGUGUUUAAGAAGACCUUUUAUACAACGACUUCCAACAUCAUCAUCUACUUUGGUUACACUUGAAACAUGUGAGGUAUUUGGGCUUGAAGCCGAGGAUGUCAAAUAUGUGACACAACAUUUUAGGUACACAUUUGCAAAGGAAAAUGUUAGGAGGAGUGUAAGAUAUUACUCACCUGGUUGGAGAACUUGGGCUGCUGUGGCAAUUCAGUUGGCUUGGAGAAGGUAUAGACAUAGACUGACUUUGAGUUCUUUGUCCUUUAUUAGGCCUCGUAGACCUUUGUCAAGGUCCACUUCUUUGGAAGAGGAUAGGCUUCGCCUUUAUACGGCUUUGUUAACCUCACCAAAGCCCAAUCAAGAUGAUUUUUUCUAG